UCAAAUACUUUUUGGAAAUAAAAUGUCUUUUAAAAUUUGGAUUCUAUUCUUCUCAUUUUUCGUCUUAUUAAUUGAAACAUCGUAUCAAGAAACUUGUAAAACUGGAGAAGUUUCUCUCCCAAACUCAGUAAAUGUAAAUUGUCAACCUUCGUGUACAAAUAAAAACGGAAUAUCACCUUGUCAGGAAUCAUCAACUUCUGACUGUGUUUGCAAAAGUGGGUAUUUGAGAACUACUAAUGGACAGUGUAUUAUUGCUAGCAGUUGUCCUCCAGAAGGAUCACUUUGUCCAACAGCUAGAGAAUCAUAUUCCUCCAAAGCAAUAAAUCCAGCAUGUCAACCUACAUGUUCGAACCUUUAUGGGAUUUCACCAUGUCCUCAACCAAAUGUUUCUGGUUGCAUUUGUAAAUCAAAAUUUGUCAGAAAUGAAGAAAAUAACAUAUGCACACUUCCAACAAGCUGCCCUAAAAUAGAACCUACAACUGUAUCAACGACUGAAUCAACAACUGCAACAACCAUAAUUUCUGAAUCGACUGAGUCAACAACUACAAGCUCUACAGUAACAACUAAUGAGUCGACAACUCAAUCGUCAUCAGCAGCAACAUCUGAACUAUCUACUGAGUCAACAGCACAAACAUCCACAGAGUCUACUGCUCCAAUUUCUACAGAGUCGACAACACAACCAUCAACAGAGUCUACUACCGGAACUUCUACUCAGUCGACAUCACAAUCAUCAUCAGAAUCUACUACCGGAACUUCUACUCAGCCGACAACACAAUCAUCAACAGAAUCUACUACCGGAACUUCUACUCAGCCGACAAUACAAUCAUCAACAGAGUCUACUACUCCAAUUUCUACAGAGUCAACAACACAACCAUCAAUAAAGUCUACUACUCCAAUUUCUACUGAGUCGAUAACACAACCAUCACCAGAGUCUACUACUCCAAUUUCUACUGAGUCGAUAACACAACCAUCAACAGAGUCUACUACUCCAAUUUCUACUGAGUCGAUAGCACAACCGUCAACAGAGUCUACUACUCCAAUUUCUACUGAGUCGAUAACACAACCAUCAACAGAGUCUACUACUCCAAUUUCUACUGAGUCGAUAACACAACCAUCAAUAGAGUCUACUACUCCAAUUUCUACUGAGUCGAUAACACAACCAUCAACAGAGUCUACUACUCUAAUUUCUACACAGUCGACAAUACAACCAUCAACAGAGUCUACUACUCCUAUUUCUACUGAAUCAACAAUACAACCAUCAACAGAGUCUACUACUCCAAUUUCUACUGAGUCGAUAACACAAUCAUCACCAGAGAUUACUACCGGAACUUCUACUCAGUCGACAACACAAGCAUCUACAGAAUCUACUACCGAAACUACUGAGUCAACAACUCUGACCUCUACGCAGUCAACUACGGGAACUUCUACUGAGUCAACAAGCCAUUCAUCAUCAAUUUCAACUUCUGUACCUUCUAUCCAAACUACAACAAUAUCCUCUACGCAGUUAACUUUAAUACCCUCUACUGAAAUAACAACUCAGUCCUCUACCGUAACCGUUACUGUACCUUUAAUUUCUUCAACAACUCAAUUAUCAUCAGCUUUAACUGCUGAUGCUUCUACAGAGUCAACAAUUCAAUCUUCGUCAGUUUCCACUUCUGCACCAUCUACAUUGUCAACAAGUCAAUCGUCUACAACACAGUCGUUACUGCUCAAAAUUUUAUUGGAGAUCAGUUUGGUUGGAACUACAAUAUCAACUCAACCUACAAGUGCAUCAACCACAGUAUCAACUACAGCAUCAACAACAGAUCAAACAUCUGCAUUCAGUACAACAUCUAUACCAUUAACUGACUUAACGACUCAGUCAUCAUCAGUAGAAACUUCUGUAUCUUCUACUAAAUCAACAACUCCAUCAUCAUCAGUUUCUAGUUCUGAACCUUCUACUGAAUCAACAACACAAUCAUCAUCAUCAGUAGCAACUUCUAUAUCCUCUACUGAAUCAACAACAGAAUCAUCAUCAUCAGUAGCAACUUCUAUAUCAUCUACUGAAUCAACAACUCAAUCAUCAUCAAUUUCUAAUUCUGAACCUUCUACUGAAUCAACAACACAAUCAUUAUCAUCAUCGUCAGUAGCAACUUCUAUAUCCUCUACUGAAUCAACAACUCAAUUAUCAUCAGUUUCUAGUUCUGAACCUUCUACAAAAUCAACAACUCAAUAUUCCUCAGUUUCUAGAUCUGAACCUUCUACAGAAUCAACAACGCAGUCAUCAUCACUUUCAACUUAUGAACCUUCUACUGAGUCGACAACCUCUACAACUAUUUCCACGACAGAUUCAAUAACUAUCUCAUCAUCUACAUUAUCGACGACACUUGCAACAGCUCCAUCAAAAGUGUGCUCAGAGAGAGAAAUAUAUGACGCCAAUGCUUUGCACAUAAAAUGUCAAACCUCCUGUGCUUUUCCUUUCGGUCAACCUGAUUGUCCUCAAGGAUUUUAUCCAGGUUGUGUAUGCAGAGCAGCACAACCUGUCAGAAACGCAAACAAUGUAUGCAUCAUUCGCGAAAACUGCCCAUCAGCAACUACUAUGGCAUCGUCAAAGAUUUGUGGUACAAAUGAAACAUAUGAUGCAAGAGCAGCACAACCUUCAUGUCGACCAACUUGUGAAAAUCCUCAAGGUCUAAGAAUAUGUAGUUCAACCUUAUAUCCUGGUUGUGUUUGUCUUCCAUCGUAUGUCAGAAAUACAAUCACUAAUCAAUGCAUUCUUCCAUCAGAAUGUCCUGGGACAAAUAUCGUUUCAAGAAGAAAGCGCCAAACUUCACUUUGUGGAACGAAUCAAUUGUAUGAUGCAAGAGCACCACAUCCAGACUGCAGACCUUCCUGUGAGAACCGACAGGGGCCAACAAUUUGCAAUAAAAUUGGCCUUUAUCCUGGAUGUGUCUGCCAGACACCCUACAUCAGGUAUAGAGUUACCAAUCAAUGCAUCCUUGCAACCGAUUGCCCAGCUGUAUACAUUGUAAUGGACAGUGGUGGCUAUGCUGAUUACUUUAAUAAUUAUUACAAUAACAGAUAUUUUUAUUAGAACAAUAGUACACUAGAAAAUUAUUAUAUUCUCCAAUUUUCAUAUCUGUUAAUAAACUUUCAAUUUUUAUCGAGAA